GCAACCAUGACAGGCACGGUAAAAGUCCACAAUGUCUCUCUUAAAGCAUCAGAGCAAGAUAUUAGUGAGUUCUUUUCAUUUUCCGGCGAGAUAGUACAUGUAGAAUUACAAAGUUGUGAUGAGCGGUCACAGUUUGCCUACAUCACGUUCAGAGAUAAUCAAGGAGCAGAGAGGGCUAUGCUUCUUACGGGAGCGACUAUAGAAGAUAUGGCUGUCAUCAUCACACCAGCCACCGAUUACAAGCUACCAGCAUCCGUUUUAGCUGAUCUAGAGUCAAAAAAUACUGGUGGCAUGGAAUCCGCUCUUCAGAAGGCUGAGGAUAUUGUAGGUUCUAUGCUAGCCAAAGGGUUUGUUCUUGGCAUGGAUGCCGUUGAAAAAGCAAAGGCCUUUGAUGAAAAGCAUCAGCUCACAUCAACUGCAACUGCCAAAGUCGCUUCCCUUGACAGGACAAUGGGCUUAAGCCAGAAGUUCAGCACCGGGACCUUAGUGGUGAAUGAGAAAAUGAAGGAAAUGGAUGAGAAAUACCAGGUUGCAGAGAAGACCAAGACAGCAUUAGCCGCGGCUGAACAGACUGUCUCUACUGCUAGUUCUGCCAUCAUGAGUAACAGAUAUAUCCUUACAGGUGCAGCAUGGGUAACUGAUGCCUACAACAAGGUUGCAACCACUACAACCGAUGUUAGCACGAAGACAAAGGAAAGGAUGAUGGCUGAGUGGGAGGGAGCCAAUCAGAGCGGUGAAACCACAAAGGUUGAUUCGCUUGAAAGCUCUGAAGCGGAUGAGCAAGAGUGCAAGCGUCAUGAAGAUGAUUCUACAAACAACUUCAUUCUAGAUAGUCCUGAAAUGACUUGUCAGGAGAGUGAGCAUCAAGCGGGUGAACGUCAAAUGACUAAUGUAGAGGAGCAGAAAAAUCACGAGGGUGAAAUUGCAGUAGCCCACAUGCAAGAAAACACUGAGACAGCUGAGAAGAAUCCUAGCUGCCACCAGAGUGAAGUAUCCAAGGCCAAUGUUCAUGAUAGUGUUCUAAUGACUGAGCAAAGUGAGCGAGAGCAUAAGCAACCCGAAGGUGAAUUUGCAAAGACCCAUGUCCCAGGAAGCCCUGUCACUAUUCCGGUCACCAUGUCCACUAUUGACGGGAACUCUAGCAACAGUCCCAAGAAGCCUGAUUCUGCUGAGGGUUUUCUAUGA